AUGAAUUCCACGACCAUUGAUGACACUUCGUUGCUCAAUUACGUUCUCACUUUCAAAAAUCUCGAGAAUGCUUUCUACGCUGGCGCUUUGAACAGCUUCACUCAGGAUGACUUCGUUAAUGAUAGUCUCCCUACGUGGUCCCGGGCUCGUUUCGAGCAGAUAGCUGAGCAUCAACAAGCUCACGUUGAUCUUUUGAGCAAUGCUAUCGGUAGUGGCGCAGCCCAGGCCUGCAACUAUACAUUCCCGUACACUUCUCCUUCCACCUUCGCUGCACUGGCGGAAGUUAUUUCGGGUGUCUGUGUAUCUGCCUUCGUCGGUGCUGCGCAGUACAUCACCAGCAGUGAUUAUCUCACAACCGCUGCCGCCGUUCUCUCCACUGAAGCUCGCCACGCUGCUUGGAUCGCUGGACCUGUCAACCAUCAGAAUGCGUGGUCCGGAGCUCUCGAUACGCCCCUUAGCCUCGACGCAGCUUAUACGCUUGCUUCGCAAUACAUUUCUGGGUGCCCAUCGUCCAAUCCUACCUUGCCUGUAACCGCCUUCUCCUCUCUUACCAUUGCGAAUGCUUCGCUAGGCCAAGCAUCGACAGUUACUGCCAACAAUGUUACUGUUGAGGGGCAAUAUGUUGCGUUCCUUAGCGGGGUUACCCCGACAUUUGUGCAAGUUGUGGGAGGACAGGUUGUUGUUCCCACUACCAUCAUGGGUACUUCGUACGCGGUAUUAACGAGUAGCAAUGUGUCAGUCGAUGAUUCGACAAUUACCGCAGGGGUAGUGGUGCUACAGUUCCCUUACAAUUCCAAUGGCGCUCUAGAAAUCGCGUAA